CGGGCCGGGGCUCCGGGCGCCGCGGCGGGGCCAUGAAGGACUGCGAGUACCGGCAGAUCCCGCCCGGGGCGGCGGCGACGCCGGGCCCGGGCCCGGGCGGGUCGCCGCCCCCCGCGGCCGCCGUUCCCCCGCGGGCCGGAGCGGCGCGGCGGCCCCGCAGGAAGUGGGAGGUGUUCCCGGGCCGCAACCGCUUCUACUGCGGCGGCCGCCUCAUGCUGGCGCGGCACAGCGGCGUCUUCGCCCUCACGCUCGGCCUCAUCCUGGCCACCAGCGGCCUCUUCUUCGCCUUCGACUGCCCCUUCCUUGCCAGUCACCUGACCCUGGCCAUCCCCAUCAUCGCCGCCGUCCUCUUCUUCUUUGUCAUCAGCUGCCUGCUCCAGACGAGCUUCAGAGACCCAGGAAUCCUGCCCAGAGCCACCCCCAGUGAGGCUGCAGACCUGGAAAAGCGAAUUGACAGCGUGGGCAGCUCCACGUACCGUCCCCCGGCCCGCACCAUGGAGGUGGUGAUCAACAAGUACGUGGUGAAGCUCAAGUACUGCUACACCUGCAAGAUGUUCCGGCCCCCGCGCACCUCCCACUGCAGCGUCUGCGACAACUGCGUCGAGAGAUUCGAUCACCACUGCCCCUGGGUGGGCAACUGCGUGGGGAAGCGCAACUACCGCUACUUCUACGCCUUCAUCCUGUCCCUGUCCUUCCUCACCGCCUUCAUCUUCGCCUGUGUCGUCACCCACCUCACCCUGCGCUCUCAGAGGGAUGGGUUCCUGGCCACUCUGAAGACAACCCCUGCGAGUGUGCUGGAGCUGGUGAUUUGUUUUUUCUCAGUCUGGUCUAUUCUGGGCCUCUCAGGUUUUCACACUUAUUUAGUCGCCUCCAACCUGACGACGAAUGAAGAUAUCAAAGGGUCCUGGUCAAACAAGAGGGGCUCGGAGUUUGCCAAUCCCUACAGCCAUAAAAGCAUCCUCACAAACUGCUGUGCAGUGCUGUGUGGACCAUUCCAUCCCAGUUUGAUAGACAGAAGAGGAUUUAUCCAGCCAGAUAUCGGGACCCCGUCCAGUCCCAAGAGCGAAAUCCCUUCCUUUGGAGCCAAAACUGACACCAGCAUGGAGGAUGCCUGCCAGGACUUUGCCAUUUCCUGCACAGCCUGACGGGAUUUGCCCUUCCUCGGAUGUUUGCCCCGAUUUCUGAGGGUUGCCUGGUAAGAAAGUGCUUUCUUCUCCCUGUCACCCACUCGAGCCAUCCAUCUCAUCUCCACUGCAUGACAGCUCCGUCCUCGGAGCCCAUCGCCCCCAGCUGUGCUGACAUCCGUGUGCCCCAUCCAUCCCACCAGGAUCCCACCGGCACGGGGGCAGGGUCCCAGGGCUGGGAGGGUGAGGGGGCACCUGAAGGCUUUGCCAGAACAGGAUGGGUUUGGUUUCCCCCGGCUCUGUGCUGGGCUUGGCAUGGGCUGGAGCCACCCGGUCUGCAUGGGGACACGUGUGGGACCCGGGUGGGAGCCGUGUGGCCAGGGAUGGCAGAGGGUUCUGGAGCCUGGGGCUGGCUGGAGCACAGCCUGCAGUGGCCAUGUGAGGAGACCCCGGCCAAGGCAGAGAUUCGGUGUUGGAGGGAGCUGUGGCCUGGACAGGGCUGGCCCCUGUACCCCCAUUCCUGACCCGUUCUGUGGCUCAGGUGACCCCUCUGGCCCCUCUGCCCAUUUUCCUCUCUGCAACACCUGGUUCCUCCUCCUGUGGCCGAGGUAAGUUCCUUCAGGGCAUGUCGGUGACCUGUGUCACCCGUGGGCUGUGGAGCUGCCCCUCUGCCCCCCCCCUGCAGCACCCCAUGAGCUCCUUGAGCCUCGGGGCAGGGAUGGAGCCCCUUCCUCCCUUUGUCCCAGCGUGUUCCCGCUCUGCCAGCGAGCCUGGGUGCUCCGCCCUGCUCCCGCUGCUCCUCACUCCUCUGUUUCUGGCACUAACGCUCUCCUUCUCUUCCUCCCCUCUCCUCUUCCUCGCUCUGGGUGGAUCCAGUGCCACGAGCCCCAGCAGCCUCUGCCUCUCGUGGAGAUCCCACGGGAGCCGAGCCCACAGCCAUGACCACCUCGAGUGCCUCCGCUCGCCAGGGCUGCGCCUUCCUCCCUCCCCCAGAGCGGGGGGAAGCGGCCGCGGCACGGAAAAGCUUUUCCAGCCCCCUCCGGGAGCCGGGACAGGCGUCCCGCGGGCUCGGAGCUCGAAGCCAUACAGCCACCCCAACAACGAGUGCAAUAACCGGAGUUCCUGCUGUCUCCCGCCGCUGGACGGACCCCGAGGCCGCCGGUGGCUCCCCGUGGCCACCGGCUGGACACUCAGUGACGGUGUCUGCCCGCCAUAGAUGCUGGAAUGUCGUGGUUGGCAUUCCAAUGGGAUUUUGGAAGGAGCAGGAUCACUCCAGAGCGUUUACAGCCAAGCCAGGGGCACCACACAACCCCCCCCCAGCCCCUCCGAGCCGUGUCCGUGCGCCGGAGGACUCUCCCCAUGGGAAUUCAUUCCUGGUCAGUUUAUCCCUGCAGCCCCCCGGGCCAGCUCCCCCCUGCCAGCCUCAUCUCAGCACGGCUCUGGUUUUAGGGGAAGGGGUUCCAGCCCCGCAGCACCUUGAGCAGCCAGGCCUGCCCCAGCCGUGUAGGAUUCACCAUGUAUUUAUGCCUUUUACUUUUGUAACAAAAUGAAAGUUUCUCCUAUUUACGCU